AUGGCCGCGCCCGCAUGCACUGACCGCCGCGAGCGCUGUGCCAAGCUGCCUCCGCCUCCUUCCGCCGUGAUGGCGUCGUCGCUUUUCUUCCACGUCACGGUGGCCGGCAGCCACGGCGUGCGCAUCCACCGCGUCAGCAUCCAGGCGCCGCGCGACAGCCCCAACACGGACGGCGUGCACAUCCAGGGCUCCUCCGACGUCCGCUUCACCGACUCCGCCGUGGCCACGGGCGACGACUGCGUCUCCGUCGGCCCCGGCACCUCCGACGUGCUGGUGUCCGGGGUGACCUGCGGCCCCGGGCACGGCAUCAGCGUCGGCAGCCUCGGCAGGUACCCCGGCGAGGAGGACGUCCGGCGGCUGCGCGUUGCCAACUGCACCAUCGCCGGCACGUCCAACGGCGUGCGCAUCAAGACGUGGCGCGGCGGGUCCCGGCCCACCUCCGUGUCCGGGCUCGUCUUCGAGGACAUCGUCAUGCGCAAGGUCCGCAACCCCAUCAUCAUCGACCAGGAAUACUGCCCCUACGCCUCCUGCCGCCGCGAAUCGGAGCAGCGCCCGUCGGCGGUGAGGAUAAGCGACGUCAAGUUCAGGAACAUCCGCGGCGUGUCGGCGACGCAGGUGGCGGUGAAGCUGUCGUGCAGCGAGGCGAGCCCGUGCCGGGGGCUGGAGCUCAGGGACAUCGACCUGCGGUACGUCAGGCGCGGGGUCGCCACCCAGUCGCAGUGCGCGCACGUCGCCGGCGGCGUGGUCGGCGGCACGCUCGUCCCUCCCUCCUGCAUAUGAAGGCUGCCGCCUGCU